AUGACGUCAGCCAUGCCCUCCUCAUCAGAAAGCUCCUCCCCCCAGAAGGUUUGCCACUCCCAGACGCAGACCGACGUCACCAAGCCCCUGUUGAGCCCCCCGGAGGGGAACGGGGCCGGGGUCGGAGGGGGAGGGGCAGAGGUGGGAGGAGCCUCCGCCCUGCGAAGGAGGCGUCGUGUGCUCUCCAAAGACGGGCGGAGCAAUGUGCGCAUUGAGCACGUGAGCGGGCGCGGGGCACUGUACCUCCGUGACCUUUGGACAACCUUCCUGGACAUGCAGUGGCGCUACAAGCUCUUCCUGUUCUCGGCCACCUUCGCCGGGACCUGGUUCCUGUUCGGGGUGCUCUGGUACUUAGUGGCGCUGGUGCAUGGAGACCUGCUGGAGUUCGACCCCCCCUCCAACCACACGCCGUGUGUGAUGGAGGUGAAAACGCUGACUGGGGCCUUCCUCUUCUCUCUGGAGUCUCAGACCACCAUCGGCUAUGGUUUCCGCUGCAUCACCGAGGAAUGUCCCGUCGCCAUCGUACUCCUCAUCCUCCAGCUGGUCAUCACCAUGGUGAUGGAGAUUUUCAUCACUGGGACCUUUCUUGCCAAGGUGGCACGGCCCAAAAAGAGAGGAGAGACGGUGAAGUUUAGUCAGCACGCCGUGGUGUCAAAUCACGAGGGCCGGCCCUGUCUGAUGAUCCGAGUGGCCAACAUGCGCAAGAGUCUGCUGCUGGGAUGCCAGGUGACGGGGAAGCUGCUCCAGACGUCGUCGACAAAGGAGGGCGAGACAGUGCGACUGGACCAGAGGAACGUCCCCUUCCAGGUGGACACCUCUAGCGACAGCCCCUUCCUCAUCAUCCCCCUCACCUUCUACCACGUCAUCGACGACAGCAGCCCCCUCAGAGCCUGGGCUGCCAAAGGGGGCGGCUGGACAGACCCAGAGCUGGCGAACUUCGAGCUGCUGGUAAUCAUGAGUGCGACGGUGGAGCCGACGUCUGCCACCUGCCAGGUGCGCACCUCCUACCUGCCGGACGAGAUCCUCUGGGGCUACGAGUUCCCGCCUGUCGUCUCCCUGUCCCCUUCCGGGAAAUACGUGGCCGACUUCGCCUUCUUUGACAAGGUUGCCAAGACCAAAACCCCGCCUCUCUUCAAACAAGGCCCGCCUCCGAGCCCGCCCACUCAGACUCCCCGUUACCAUGGCGGCAAAGACGAAGGCACAGACCCGGAGAAGAUGCAACUGGAGGAGAGAUACAGGGGGGAGGAGAGGGGGAGGGAGAGGGGACGAGUGAGAGAUAGCAGCCCACUGAGUGUGCGAAUUAGUAAUGUAUGA